ACUAUCCUCCCGGUGUCUGCGCGCAUUGUUCUCUCAUUCCCAUCCAGAGAGAGCAGCUGAACACACCGAGAGGACCAGCCGGUGCGGGGAACAGACAGAGUACCGGACCCUCCGUCGCAGAAACUCCCGGGAGCCACAUGCGAAGCUCGGUCUGCACACAGGAUACGCGGCACUCCGUAGUUACAUAACUGGACUACUUUUUUUUCUAUAAUUGUUGUGGGUUUUUCACGCUUUUUGUGUUGCACCAUCCCCAGCUAAAAUGGAGAACGACGAGAAAUAUCUCCCCGAGCUGCUGGCGGAGAAGGACAGCCUGGACUCGUCUUUUACGCACGCUAUGAAACUUUUAAACGCAGAAAUUGAUAGACUCCAGAAAGACGAGACUAAAAAGGAGGCGGACGACUACAUGGACCUUUUCACAACAAAGAACAUCAAACUAAAGGAACGAGUGCUCAUACCUGUCAAACAGUACCCGAAGUUCAAUUUCGUGGGGAAGAUUCUGGGACCUCAGGGCAACACGAUCAAACGUCUGCAGGAAGAGACCGGGGCCAAGAUCUCGGUGCUGGGCAAAGGAUCCAUGAGAGACAAAUCUAAGGAGGAGGGGCUGAGGAAAGCCGGCGAGCCCAAAUACUCCCACCUGUCCUUGGAGCUGCACGUGUUCGUCGAGGUGUUCGCCCCCGUGCCCGAGGCCUACCUGCGCAUGGCCCACGCCAUGGAGGAGGUCAAGAAGUUCCUGUUUCCUGAUAUGAUGGAUGAUAUCUGCCAAGAGCAGUUCCUGGAGAUGGGCUACCUGAACGGAGGCCAGGAUCACGGGGCCAGAGGCAGAGGGGGCCCUCCGGUCAGGGGCCGCGGACUCCCCCCUGGUGUAGCACACAGGGGUCGGGGGAUGCCCCCCUCGUGGAGCUCCCUGCCAGGGAGCGGGUGCCCUCGAGGCCCGGCCCGCCGCAGAGGUGGAGCAGUGAGGGGGGUCCCAUCGGCGAGGCCACGGGAGGCACGCCCCAGCAGACCUCCAGAGGAGCAAGCCAGCACCCGAGCCAGACCCCCCAGCGCGCAGGACCCCCCGCACAGGAUGGUCACAGCCCACCCCCCCCACCAGCACACGCCCCACUGCAGCCCCUGAGCGGCUAGCGAGG